CUAAACACAAAAAUUAUUCGGCCGUGAGUAUGAGCGCGAUAGCAUUAUGCAUGCGUUUCAGAGCGAGUGAGAUGUCCAUAGUAACUCGGUUUUCCUUCUUUAACUCACAUUCUGUUUCAGUCUACUGGGUGUGACUUUAAUCCUUUAUUUUUCAAAAAAGGUAAACAAAGACCUUUUAAUAUAUUGAUGAAGAAGCAUGAAUAUCAGCUUGCUUUUAUGCAAUUUGAUAGCCCAGAGUCGUUUACCGAUGCACACAUACAGCAGGAUAUUUUUAACAGUACAAAAAUUUAUCUGCGAAAUUUAUAAUGUUUCUGGCACACUUGACGUUGAUGCUGCCCGACUUCAGCUAUUUUUAAAUAAUUAUACCGUUUCUGAUGUAAAUGAAGAAUUUAAUCCAAAAAGUUUAAAAAAUUUUGAUGCUAGCAAUUUACCACCAUGCAAAACUGAAUUAUUUCAACAAUAUCUCCGAGCUAAUUACAUUGCUAGCAUAUGGAAUAAUGCAAAUGAAAAACAACCUACCAUCUUUACUCCUGAAAAUAAUGGCUGGACGUUAGAAGAAAACCAGUAUCACUUCCAUUAGUUUGAUGGUGACCAAUUACCAGGAGACGUCAGUGAAGCACUUCAAGAUCCAGGUACAGUACUUUAACUUUAGGUUUACAAUUUAUUUUUUGUUUUAUAUUUGUAGUUUUAUGUUUUGUAAUUCUUUUAUUUGUUUUUUACAGAAGAAGCUGACAGCAACGACAACAACAUAAAUGAUGAUGAUGAGAAGGAUGACUCGAAUGGAUAAUAUGACUGGCUUAAUAAUGAAAAUUCUAAUGAUUAUUUUGAUAAUGAUAACGAUGAUUAAGGACAAUCAAAUACUUUCACUUACUAACUAUAGUUAUUUUCUUUUUUACUAAAAUUACUUUUUCUUAAAAAUGUAAAAAGUGUUAUCUUUGGUAAAAAAAAAUAAAAAUAUUUUUUUAUAAAACACAAUUACUCCGAAAAAAAA